AUGGAUCUAAUCUCUGCUUCGUCGGAUUCCGAGAGUAACGAAGCCGGUGCCCUGUCGCUGGUGCAGUACCUUCCGCUGCUCCGGGCGAGGUCUUCGAGGUCGCCGACUCGGUCGUUGGGUCUGGUGAAGGCUGCCGUCGACGUGGUCCGGUCGCUGUUCCCCAGCAUGCAGGCCUUGUUCCUGCCCUCGUGCCGGUGGACCCUGUCGCCGAUCGUGCCGGCGCGAGGGCUGGGAUACGGGGUCGUCUCUCACGGCGGCCGCGGACGGAGAGGAGUGGUCGCCGGCACUUUCUUCGGACGCCGGAAAGGCCGCGUCAGCUUCGCCGUGCAGGUCGACUCCCGGUCCGAGCCGGUGCUGCUGCUCGAACUGGCCGUGACGACGUGCGACCUGGUCAAGGAGAUGGCGUCCGGGACGGUUAGGAUUCUCCUGGAAUGCGAACGGGCCGCGGCGCCGGACGUCGCCGGAGAUCACAAGAAACAAAGCAACCGUGUACCCAAAAAGCAGAGGCCGAUAUGGGACGAACCGCUGUGGACCAUGUACUGCAACGGGCACCGGUGCGGCUACGCCGUGGCUCGCCAGAGCAACGGCUUCGACCUCCACGUGCUGAGCACAGUGCGGGCGGUGUCGGUGGGUGCGGGAGUUCUGCCGUCGCCGCCGGCGGCGACUCCUCUGCUACCCGAACCCGACGCCUCCGAGCCGGAGAAGCCCCCCGGCGGCAAGGCCAGCUACGGGAAGGAGGCGGAAUUGGGGGAGGUGGUGUACAUGAGAGCCAAGUUUGAGCGAGUUAUGGGGAGCAAAGAUUCGGAGGCCUUCUACUUGAUCAAUCCGGACUCAGCGAGGCACGACAUUUGCGGCGGCCCUGACCUCUGCAUCUUCCUCCUCAGGAUGUAG